AAUGGCAAGACGAAGACAAUGGAUAAGUGCGAGACAAAUUUCAUGGCCAUCUUGAAUAGAUUCUACUAGAAGAAAGAAUCAAUCGUUUAUUCCAAAAUUUAUAUAGUUUUCAACGGUGGUUGCUGUUGCGAACUACACACGAAGAGUCUCUUGGAGAAGAGCAAUGUUGAAGAAGAUGUUGCGGAGAGGAGGAUUAGGAAACAAUAGGAAGGAGAUGAUAGUGGCAGUGAUAUUUUUUUGCGUUUGCUUAGUAACAAUCGAGUAUGGAGUAAGAGUGACGGAGGCAGAAGAGUAUUUCAAACCGUUCAAUGUCACCUACGACCACCGCGCUCUCAUCCUCGACGGCAAACGCCGCAUCCUCAUUUCCGCCGGAAUCCACUAUCCUCGCGCCACUCCCGAGAUGUGGCCUGACUUGAUUGCAAAGAGCAAGGAAGGUGGAGCGGAUGUGAUUGAAACUUAUGUUUUCUGGAAUGGGCAUGAGCCAGUGAGAGGACAGUAUAAUUUUGAAGGGAGAUACGAUCUUGUGAAGUUUGUGAAGUUAGCAGCAGCUCAUGGACUCUAUUUCUUUCUCCGUAUAGGCCCUUAUGCGUGCGCCGAGUGGAACUUUGGGGGUUUCCCAGUGUGGUUGCGUGAUAUCCCUGGUAUUGAAUUUCGAACAAACAAUGAACCUUUCAAGGAGGAGAUGAAGCGCUUUGUCUCUAAGAUGGUGAAUAUGAUGAGAGAGGAGAUGCUGUUUUCUUGGCAAGGUGGUCCUAUAAUUUUGUUGCAGAUUGAGAAUGAAUACGGGAACAUUGAGAGCUCCUAUGGCAAAGGAGGUAAAGAGUAUGUUAAAUGGGCGGCUAAGAUGGCUCUAAGUCUUGGUGCUGGGGUCCCAUGGGUCAUGUGUAGACAACAGGAUGCUCCAUAUGAUAUUAUUGAUACAUGCAAUGCUUACUACUGUGAUGGAUUUAAACCAAACUCUCAUAACAAACCAACGAUUUGGACAGAGAAUUGGGAUGGAUGGUAUACACAGUGGGGUGAAAAAUUACCUCAUAGACCUGUUGAAGACCUUGCUUUUGCAGUUGCACGAUUUUUCCAACGUGGCGGAAGCUUUCAAAAUUAUUACAUGUAUUUUGGCGGAACAAAUUUUGGCCGCACUGCAGGGGGCCCCUUGCAAAUUACAAGUUAUGAUUAUGAUGCCCCAAUUGACGAGUAUGGUCUGCUGCAUGAGCCAAAAUGGGGUCACUUGAAAGAUUUACAUGCUGCGUUGAAACUUUGUGAGCCUGCCCUGGUUACUGCCGAUUCACCAACAUAUAUAAAAUUGGGUCCAAAGCAGGAGGCACAUGUAUACCAAGCAAAUGUUCACCCUGAUGGAUUGAACUUGUCUUCCUUUGAAUCUCCAAGCAUAUGCUCAGCAUUUCUUGCCAACAUUGAUGAAAAAAGAGAGGCAACGGUGACAUUUCGUGGUCGAAGAUACACUAUACCACCAUGGUCUGUGAGUGUGUUGCCAGAUUGCACAAAUACAGUUUUCAAUACUGCCAAGGUUAGAGCUCAAACUUCUGUCAAACUAGUAGAAUUUGAUUUGCCAACUGUCUCCAAUAUUUUCCCAGCCCAGCAAAGUAGGGACCACAAUGGUAUCUACUACAUCUCAAAGUCUUGGAUGACUACAAAAGAGCCACUCAAUAUUUGGAGUAAGAGCAGUUUCACUGUUGAAGGUAUAUGGGAGCACUUAAAUGUGACAAAGGAUCAAUCUGACUAUCUUUGGUAUUCAACCAGAAUAUCCGUUUCUGACAGUGACAUCUUGUUUUGGGAGGAAAAUGAUGUCCGUCCAAAACUUACAAUAGAUGGUGUCCGUGAUAUACUGCGAGUAUUUGUCAAUGGCCAGCUUAUAGGUGGCUCGAUUCAGGGUAGCCUUCAUCUGAAUCAUACGACAAGUUUAAUUUCUUGUCCAAGUGAAGGUAAUGCUGUUGGUCAUUGGAUCAAGGUGGUCCAGUCUCUUCAAUUUCUCCCAGGAUACAAUGAUUUAACACUGUUAACUCAAACAGUGGGUUUGCAGAAUUAUGGUGCAUUUAUUGAGAAGGAUGGAGCAGGGAUCAGAGGUACAAUAAAGAUCACUGGAUUUAAAAAUGGAGAUAUAGAUCUUUCAAAAUCAUUAUGGACCCAUCAGGUUGGGCUGCAGGGCGAGUUUUUAAAACUUUACAGUGAAGAGAAUGAAAAUUCAGGGUGGGUAAAAUUAACCCCUGAUGGCAUCCCAUCCACAUUUACAUGGUACAAGGCAUACUUUGAUGUUCCUGGUGGCCUAGAUCCAGUUGCUCUUGACUUGAAAAGCAUGGGGAAAGGUCAGGCUUGGGUGAAUGGUCACCAUAUUGGAAGAUACUGGACUCGGGUUUCUCCAAAAAGUGGAUGUAAACAAGUCUGUGAUUAUCGUGGAGCAUAUGAUUCUGACAAGUGUACAACAAAUUGUGGAAAACCGACCCAAACAUUGUACCAUGUGCCACGAUCAUGGUUGAGAGUAUCCAACAAUUUACUCGUUAUCUUGGAAGAAACCGGAGGAAAUCCGUUUGAGAUUUCUGUAAAGUUACAUUUGUCCAGAAUAAUAUGUGCUCAAGUAUCAGAAUCCAACCAUCCACCUCUGCAGAAGUUGGUAAAUGCAGAUCUCAUUCGUGAAGAAGUUUCUGCUGAUGAUACGAUACCCGAACUUCAGUUAUAUUGUCAAGCAGGACAUACAAUAUCCUCCAUAACAUUUGCUAGCUUUGGUACUCCCCGAGGUAGUUGUCAGAACUUUUCUAGAGGAAACUGCCACGCUCCUAGUUCCAUGUCAAUAGUCUCCAAGGAAUGCCAAGGGAAAAACAGCUGCUCCAUCAAAAUCUUAGAUAGUGUAUUCGGAGGUGACCCAUGUCCAGGUGUUGAAAAAACGUUGUCUGUGGAAGCAAGAUGCACAUCGUUAUUGAGUGAUAGUUUCUUUCAAGAGGCUGUAAGUAGCUCCUAAAAUGUUGUUCGGUGUAAAUCUAAUAACUAGACAAUGGUUGUAACCUGAAACGGUCCUUUCAUUCUAUUGUGUGUGUGUGUGUACAAUGAUACUUCAAUAAAUGUAAUUAUUUAGUGCAUAGUUCCUGGUCUUUAAAACAUCUGUGAGCAAAUAAGAAUCCGUUGUAGGGUAGUGUUUGAUGAAGGUUACAGAUUUAGAAAAGAUCUCUUCCAACCUUUGAAACGGAAGGAUUCCCUAGCAAUAAAAAAGUACAAAAGAUUGACCUUCA